AUAAUCUUCCCGGCAGAGCAGAGUGCUCUUGUGUGAUACCAUCACCAGCUGAUACUGUUGAACAGUUCAGACUAGAGGUCUGGCUUUCUGUAAGACGCUGGGAUUUGAAGGAGCUAUUCUGUGAUCUGUGCUGCUAAUUUGGGAAUAGAAACAUUGGCGUAGACUGGAAGAAAAAUACAGUCACCAGAGACUGCUUUUAUGCAAUGUGGUGACUGAGGUUAUCAUCUCCAAGUUACAGGGAAAGCCUCAGCCAAACAAGCACGUACAUCUAAGGCUAUGGCAUCCAAAGAAUGACAGUCUGCUAUCAUGGUCAUCUGAAAUAGUGAGUGACUGUAUAUAUUCCUUGCUUCUUCCUUCCAUGGGAAGCAUGAGUCUAUUGGAACUUGGGACAAGAAGAAAACAAGAUAUCUCUAGAACAAAACCCAGAUACUGAAAAGAUGUCCCUGGACAGACAGGACAAGAACAUGAUGGACAGUGGCUGCAGUGACCCUGUGGGAGACUCUCAAAAGGAUUUAGAAAAUGAUUCCUCAGUCGACUCCCAAGCACAGGGCACCACAGUCACAGCAAACGACACUGAAGAAGUCCAGACCGCACCUCCUGCAUCAGAUCUCAAGGAUGACCAUCAUGAGGUAGAGGCCAAAGGUCAAGAGCAAGCAGACACAGGUGACAAGCCAGAAAGUUCAGAGGAAAUGGCUUUAGGAAAGCAUCCGGUGGACAAAGCAGAACACCAGAGCAGCCCGAGUUCUCAGGACACAGAGCAGGGGCAUCACCCUCCCUCGGAACAUCUGGGUGGAGAGGCCCUGCAGCUGGAUCCUAACUGCUCUCAAAGCAGCAAGGGAGGAACAGCAGGUGCACACCUGGGGAGCAGUUCCACAGGCCUCCCAGAGGGAGCAGGGGACAGAUGUGAGGCUGCUCAGGAGCCACUUGCUACAGACUCCACUGAUGCCCCGAGUCCUGUUCAUUCCAGCGCAGACCCAGGGAGCCAGGAUUUACUGAGGAGGCGACUGCCUGUGUCAGAGGCUGGAAGUCCUGAAGAAGAGACGAAGUUAGUGAAGGAAAAACAAGAGGCUGCACAGGAUUCACUGAGAAAGACUGAUAAAAAGAGUCUUUGGAGCUAUGGUCUUCUGUUUCUCUGCUGCCUGAUUGUGGCUCUUGUGCUAAGUUCCAUCAAUAGCUACUAUUCCUCCCUAGCCCAGCAAGUGCCCCAGAACCCAGCUUUGGAGGCUUUCCUGGCUCAGUUUAGCCAACUGAAGGAUAAAUUUCCAGGUCAGAGUUCCUUUCUAUGGCAGCGAGGACGAAAGUUUCUCCAGAAGCACCUCAAUGUCUCAAACCCCACCGAGCCUGCCACCAUCAUCUUCACAGCUGCGCAAGAGGGAAAGGAGACCCUCAAGUGCCUGAGUCACCAUGUGGCCAAUGCCUACACCUCUUCCCAGAAAGUGUCAGCCGUCUCCAUAGACGGAGCUGAAAGAGCCCUGCAGGACAGUGACGUGGUCAAGCUGUGGGUUGACUUGGAGCUCAGCUCUGGAUUUAAGAAUGGCAAUAAGGCUGCUGUAGUCCACCACUUUGAAUCUCUUCCUGCAGGCUCCACCCUGAUCUUCUACAAGUAUUGUGAUCACGAGAAUGCUGCCUUUAAAGAUGUGGCCCUCAUCCUGACCGUCCUGCUGGAGGAGGAAACACUAGAAGCAAGCGUAGGCCCCAGGGAGACAGAAGAAAAAGUGAGGGAUUUACUCUGGGCUAAAUUCACCAACUCUGAAACUCCCAGCUCCUUCAGUCACAUGGACUCAGACAAACUGAGUGGGCUGUGGAGCCGCAUUUCACACCUGGUGCUGCCUGUCCAGCCAGUCAAGAACAUAGAAGAGCGAGGCUGCCUUUUGUGAAGCCAUGCACAGAGGUGGCGUUGAAGCCAGGUCUGAGAGCCCGUGCCCCUGGGAGGAGGUAGUUAGUUAGCAGGCGUGAGGAAACAGCUGAGAGGCAUAGGACCUUAUUUUAGAAAAGAAGCUAUCUUCUUCUUCUUAUUUUUUUCUUUUUGUAAAAACUUUCUAGUCUAAACUUUGAUAAAACUAGCAAUUGGCCUGAUGGCUUUCUUUGCCUUUUUAAGGAGAUCAGGUUUAAAAUACAGCAUGAUACAUAAAACCAAGGGAUUGUUUAAAUCUCCAGUCCAUGGGCAUAAUCAUUGCACAGGAAGAUCUGAUUUCAGAGGAAAUGCUGCCUUGCGAGGACUCUACAAGUCCUCUUGGGCAGUGUUUGGGCUCAGAUUAGUAAUUCCAGUGAUUUCAGGGAACUCUUCUACCAUGUAUUAAGUGUUUUUAAGAGUCACUUUAAUAAUGCAGUUACGUGGAUUUGCACUUUGAGUAAAUGAAAACAGGAAACUAGACUUCAUCCUUCCAAAUCCUACCUAAGAACUUGGUGCAUGUAUGCUUUUAUUCCAUUAAUGAGCUGAGUUAAAAACUGCUUUAUUAAAAAGAAAAAGUUGGGACUGGAGAAAAUGGCUCAGUGGUUAAGAGCACUGCCUGCUCUUCCAAAGGACCCAGGUUCAAUUCUCAGCACCCACAUGGUGGAUCACAACUGUCUAACUCCAAGAUCUGACACCCUCACACAGAUAUACAUGUAGGCAAAAUACCAAUGAAUAUACAAAUAAAGAUAAAUUAUUUUAAAAAAUGUUCCCAAGUAUUGGAAUCAAUGUAGAAAUUGUUAGUAAUCACUGGAAAUGAAGAAAUCCCAACUGGCUAUAUCAUUUCUCUGUGCCUACCAGCCCUCUCCUCAUGUAAGAACAUCUCUGCUCUUGACUGCUGUUUGGUGUUCUCUGUUAAGAUUUCAGUGGACCAAAGUUUAACUGAGAAGGAAGUUUGAAAACCAUUGAAGUGAAAGCACAUUCUAGAAGGUACGAACUCAGAUAGAAAGAGAUGAAAGUGUUAAAGCUUAGGAGUAGGAAGGUGAAGUAAGGUUUGUUGGACAGGGUGAUAGAGACCUACAGAUGGUCUACUGUGGGGUGUAGAGGCAUGACCUCUGAGUUUUGCUCAUUUCUGUUGAUCACUUCUGCCACUGCUGGCCGGAAUUUCAUAAUUGACUGUGGUGAGAAUCUGAGUGCCAUUUCAGACGAGACACCAGUUAUCAGCUGGCAUAACUUUACCAAAUGGGAUUUGCUGUGCUAUGGUGGGAUGUUACAUUCGUUUCUUGACAGCUAGUUGGCAAUGCCAUUAGGAAAGGAAUUAGAGAAAUGCAAGAGGAUGACCUUUCUUCAUAGGGAAGAGAAAGAGAAAUUGUGGCCAAUAUCACUUGUUAAGCUACAACUCGUGAUUGUUAGACUGGGGCCAAUACAUCAGCACACAUGAACUCUAAAGUAAAACUCUAAUAAAAUGAUCCCAACCCACAAAAGGUCUGUUCCAUUACGUGAAUGGGAAUAGCCCUGAACUUUUGCACUCGGUUUUGGCUGGUCUGCUGCUAUGAGAUCAUGUAUAUAAUUAAGAAGUUAUUUGAGUCUGUAGGGAUUUUAGGAAACACUAAGAAGAUCUCUAUUGUUAGUUAAAGAGUGAUCACAAAGAUGGGGUGGGGAGCGACCUGAAAACAUUUGUCACAGAAAGAACACAGAUUGGCUUUGGCCAGAGCUUUUGAUGUGCUCGGUUGACUAUGGAGGCACACGGAAAGAGGCAGUAUGCAUUUGGGAUUUUGAAGGAAUAUUGCAAUAGAUUUGAGAAAAGACCCUAAACACAAAGCAUAGUGAAUGGAAUCUGAGUGUCAAAUCACUGUAAAACAGAGGGACUGAACAAAAAUCUGUAUGCCAUAUUUGACUCCCCCCUCCCCCCAUAUUUCUAGACUUCUAUUCAUUUGUUUUGAAUGCUAGCGGCUUGUCAUAUAUUAUCCCUGGCUGGUGUGGUCCUCACUCUGUAGCCAAGGCUGACUUCAAAUUUACAGUAAUUUCUUCUGCCUCAGUUCCCUGAGUGCUGGGGUUUAGGUGUAUACCAUCACACCUGGCUUUAAUUUCAGCUCUUAGCCACUAGCAUCACAUCACAUAAAACCAAGGGUGCCUUGCAGAACUGUUAAGUUGGCCUUCUGCCUGUACUACCUCAGACUGCAGAGGAACUGACCUGAAGUAUUUGUAUACAGUUUAUGACAGUGGCUCAGAUCACAGGUGAAACAAGUUUCUUCAUUCAGUUGAAUAUAGUUUUAUAUAAUUUGCUGUCAACAUAAAUUUGGGAUAUAUAAUACAUUUCUAAAAUUAAUUUUCAAUUUUUUACUGUUGACUUUGUUAAAAUACGCUUUUCCUUCUAUAUGUCAGUGCAAUCAACUGAGACUAGUCAGUUUUCGAUCCACUAUUUCAAAACCUUUUUUCUUUAAUUUUUUUUCAGUACUGGGGAUUGAAUGCAGGGCCUUGACAUUUGAGGAAAGUGCCCCUCCACUAAGCUACAUCCCCAGACUUCUUAGAAAUCAUUGUGCAAAGAAGCAUAUAUGAGUUUGGGGUCAGAACAAAUGAUUUUCUGUUUUUUGAUGCAGUCUUUACAUAGUCCAAACUAGUGAUUCUCAGGCCUUCAACUUCUAUGUGAUGGGUUUAUAGGAAGGAGUACUACUACUACACCAGCUUAAUGCAAUUACUUGUUAAUCAAAAAUAUAUUUUUAAAUGUACAUAUAAUUAAAAUUUAUUAUCUGAUGUAUUGUCUUCUAGUCCAUUGUUUUUUCACAUUUUUCAGUUUUUGUUUUGUUUUGUUUUUAAGACAGGGUUUCUCUGUAGCUUCUGAGCUUGUUCUGGAACUGGCUCUGUAAACCAGGCUGGCCUCAAACUCACAGAGAUCUGCCUGCCUGCCUCUGCCUCCCUAGUGCUGGGAUUAAAGGCAUGCCCCACCACCGCAGUUUUUCAGCCUUUUGUGUGUGUAGUAAUUCUUUAUUUGUGAUAAUUUGCUUGACUUAGAAAAAUUAUUUGUGGCAUGAUAACAAACAUCAUGUUUGAACAUCACAGUUUAAUACCACAGUACAGAAAUAUGUAUGUGUAUAUAUACAUAUAUAUUAUUUGUUUUUUUGAUGGAAAUCCCUUCUUGAAUAAAUACCAAGAAGCAAGCAGGGCGAUUAGAAACUGUCUUUGGACUUAGGUUUUUCCCUUCCAGGUAAAGUUCAGAUUUUUAAGUUAGCUUUCAGAGCUCAGUAAAGGAGUUUUAGAGAAUUCUUACCACUGAAAUAAUUCUAGUAAAUUUCACCUGGAAGUCCUCAGGCUUGGGGUAAUGAGGUUUGGCCUAUGGCCCACUCUAACAGCUGGCUGGUGAUAGAGCAUUGUCUCAUAGCCUUUGGUUUAUACUUGUGCUUGUUAAGACAGGAGCGCUGUGAGCACUGCUGUUAGAUAUGACAGACAAAUGCAGCCAGAUGGUUUUCACCUUACUUUUUCUAUCUAACCAAGAUUUCUUUUAUAUUUUUGGUUGUGAGCCUAGCCUUUAACGGCUGAGCCAUCUCUCCAGCCCUAACCAAGAUUUCUUAACCACCGAUUUUGCCUUUAUGUCUUUACAAAUUUAACGGUGUUGACAGCAUUGAUGUCUGACUUGAGUUCAUGUCACCACGACUGCUUUUUGCCUUUGAUUCCAUAUUGAUGACAGUGAAUGUGCCUUAUUCAGAUCACUUGCUGGUUAAUAUACAAAUAAAUCUUGAAUUUUUCCUA